GAUGUCCAUCUUCCUUCUCGUUUUUUCCUACGUGAUAACACCCAGAAGGUAUUUCUUCGUUCUCUCAUCUGGAAAUUCGCGGAGUUUAGCACCUUAUGCCCAACUUACGCCCGACACGUCUUUCGGGAAGUUGGCACGACCGACUAUCCGUGACAGCUCGCAUGGCUUUGCCAGCUCUUUCCUCCUCUGCGACCGUCUAUUCGACUUUUGUCUCGAACUCAUUGCGAUUCUUCACAUGAUGAUGAAGCCACUGUCGUUCUUUUCGUUGCUCGUUUCGGGAUGGUGUAUGGCCGGGAAAGUGGCUGCAAGUAUGUUGGAAGAGAACCCCGAUCUGUCCCCAGCGCGAAUAGUAGGCGUGCACCUUGCACAGCCAGCAGAUGCGGUCGCCCUCGCCAACUACACUUUCGACGUGUAUUUCAACGUCAUAGCGAAAGACGAAACUUAUGAAGGCGGAUGGGUGUGGAAAGAGCAAGUUUUGGAUCAACUUGAUAUGAUGAACGAGGCGUAUGACAGAACUGGGAUCUCAUGGAACCUCCUUGAAGUAAACCACGUCAUUAACGAGAAAUGGUUCGAUCCAAAGUUUGUUCGCGGCAGGCCAAACGGCACGGAGAUGUUCAAAGCAUUGCGGAAAGGAGGGUCGACUGCUCUCAACGUCUACACAGCUGGAUUUACGGACAUGGAGGUGACCGGAUUUUCCUCUUCGCCUGAGGACUACGCCUCCAAACCUCACGAAGACGGAUGCAUGAUCCAAUUCGACACGCUCCCUGGAGGCACCAAUCUCGACAGACAGGGCGGCACCCUUAUCCACGAGACUGGACACUGGUUGGGACUGCGUCACACUUUCAGCGAGGCAUG